GGCUUAGCUCCGCAUUAAAUAUGGUUUAAAUUUUCGGACGAAACUCCAUUUCUUGAUCUACAUUGGAGGGCAUCUCAGCCAGCGACAGCCAGCGAUGAAGAACUCGAGAUUGUUGAAGCAAAAGUUCACUCCGGCUGUGGUUCCGAAGAAUGUGAUUCUUCAUGAUACCACCAAGAAGAUCCACGUCACUUUUGACGAUAACGAGCCCACCACCACCACCAAUUCACUUUCUCCGAAAAAAGACGAAAAGCCAAAAAAGGAGAAAAAGGAGAAGAAAGAUAAAAAGUCCAAGAAGGAUAAAAAGGACGGGAAAAACGACGCAAAAGAUACCGAUAGUGCUGAAAAACCACCGAAAAAGAAACGACACCAUCCUGCCCAUGAUCCUCCUGCAGUAGUAGAAGCCCGAUCAGCCAACGUGGACGCCUCACUCCCGGUGGCCAAAAAGGCUAAAAUCGACAGUGGUGAUGCGGAACAACCAAAAGUCAAUGGUGAGAAAAAAGCAUUGCCGAAUGGACACACUGUUGCCAAGGCGUCAUCCGCAUCACAACCAACGCAACAACGAAAACGACCCAGACCAGCCAAUGAUCAAGGAAAAGAUGAUGCGAAAAAGACCAAACCGUUGUUGAUUGUAAACAAGAAACAGGUCGAAAAGAAAAAGUUGACCAAAGAAGAGACUUUGGCCAAAGUAGCGGAAAUUCGACAAAAGAAACGCGAAAAAAGAAGGGCAAAACUCAUGGUUGGAGAUACCAAGGUGCAAAUUCCUGUCAUGACAUUAAAACCAGCCGUCAUGAAACAAAAACUGUCGAUGAAAGAGAUUCAGGAUUAUAUUUUGUAUUGUCUUGCCGAAGCCAAACCUCCUCAGUGGAUCAGCGUCGUCAACCGAUCCAAAAUCCAGCGUUUUCUGUUCAUUUACGCCCAGGGGUUGGAUAUCACGUUCUUUGGCGCCGACAAGAACCGCGUGCAAGUACCGACGUCCAUCGCUCUCGAUACAUUGGACAAGGAAAAGGAUGUGGGCAAAGCCGCCAUGCCAUUCUUGACGAGCUGCUUUUCACAGAUGCUGAUCAAUAAGAUUUCAGGCAACAAAGGCAAAAUCAUGUCGCCGGUUCAGGAAUUACUGCAGUGCAAGCUGACUCUCCGUACAAAGGCUUUGAAACAUAAAGAGUUGAUGGACCGUCAGGAGAAAGUGAACCAUAACAUGCGUGAAUUCUACGUAUUGACGUUGGACGAACUUCGUGCCAACGGUUAUCCUAUACCCUCUUGCCUCGACGCAUCUCAAACUCUCCCGGAAGGAUGGAAAGAAACCAAUGCUGUCAAGGAGACAGUGCCAGAGAAACGGAUCAUGGCGGUGGAUUGUGAGAUGGUAGCCACUGCCAAGGGAAGCGCACUUGCACGUGUCACACUUGUGGAUGAAGAUGGUAAAAUUCUGUUGGAUGAUUUUGUCAAGCCCGACGAGCCCGUCAUCGAUUAUCUUACGCAGUAUUCCGGUAUUACACCUGAAAUCAUGGAAAAGGCGACGUGUUCUUUGCGAAGAGCCCAAAAACAUUUCCGCAAAAUCGUGAAUCACAACGUGAUCCUUGUCGGUCACUCGUUGGAGAACGAUUUAAGAGCGCUUCAAAUUGCGCAUCCCUAUUGUGCCGAUACCGCCUUACUGUACGAUCAUUUCCGUGGUCCACCUUUCAAGCCGGCGUUGCGAGUGCUGUCACGCAACAUUUUGAAACGACAGAUUCAGGAACACAACAAAGCCACGUUUGGUCACGAUUCCGCCGAAGAUGCCAAAGCAACUUUGGAUUUGUUCCGACUCAAACUACGCUACGGACCUCACUUUGGUCGUUUUGGCAAAGAAACCGAAUUGUUGUUCGAUCGUUUACGUCAUUAUAACCCACCCAAAAAGGGUGCGAUUUUGGAAAGUGCCAAUACCGUCAACGGCAUGUUCCGUGCCUCCUUGGGCAACGAUUAUGAGCGCUGUGAGACCGAUGAGCAACUCGUCGAUGCUGUUGCUCGAAAAUUAGUCAAGACCGAUUUUGUAUUGUCGCGAUUCCGGGUCCUGGAACACGGUGAACAAUCCGAGGAACUCGCUCCCAAAGUACUUCCGGAAUCGGUUCUCGGCAAAGGCGAACAAGCAGAACGACUGGCUCGUUUUGAUGAUUAUCUGCAACAGCUCUAUCAAAAACUCCCAUCCUCUACCGCCGUCGUCAUCAUGGGCGGCACAGGAGAUGUCCCGCAAUACCAACAGUAAGUACCAUUUUGUUAGAGAGAAGAUCCACCUCCUCAUGAUUCACCAUUGGGAAUUGUUUUUUGUUUAUAGAUUACUGGCAAAGUACAAGAUAUUCAUGGAAAAGUAUAGUAAAACCAAGUUGGAUGAAGUCCCCGAAGCCGAACGAUGGACGACUACCGAUCAAAAACGAUUGGAAGGAGCCUGUGCUAGAGCGCGCUUUGGAAGCACAUUUUUCUGCAUCAAAUCAUAAUUUAUAUUUUUCAUGCAAAAUUUUCUUUUGGCAUCAUUCUUUUGUAUAAAUAAAUCAUCGUCAACUUUUUUUACAUCCCUUUUUUCACUGGGUAUGAACGAA